UAGGAAACACCCUUGUGUUAGUAAUUAUUAUGUAGUUUGAAUAUUAGGUAUUUCAUUUGAUCGCUCGUCGAUCCUCUUUGAUUUUAUAUGUUACUAUCUAUUUAAUUUACAAACUGAAUCACGUUGCGCUGUGAACACCCGUGUGUGAAGGCAAUGGAUAAAGAGAACGAUUUUCAAACUGUAAAAGGUAGUAUAAAGGGCGAUCUGUCACAAUGUACUGUGUCUGGUGGUGUAUACCGCGCGAUGUGGUGGGCGCGUUGCUUCGGAGUGGCGCCUCUGAGGUUUUGGAAGGCGGACCGAGCAGACGGGUGGAGAGUGCGCAUCUCACCGACUGCUUUUGUGCUUGGAUGCAUCUUCGUAAUUCUACUGGAUAUAAGCAUACUUGCUAGUCCAUUCGUGAACCCGAAUCCUCAUAGCCGGCUGCGGCGCUCCCACACCCGUUGGGUGAUACUGAUGGCUAACUACAUCAUCAUGUCGUGUCUGACCAGCAACGCCGUUUUCGGAGGGCGACAGCGGACCAGGCAAAUAAUAACAUGCUUAGAUCGUGUUAAUAAGAUGGACAAAACAAUAAGUGCUGAAUACAUAAAAUUAUCGUCAGGCAAAGAUGUAAAAAUUUAUGUUAUCAUCAUCUUGACGAUUCUCAUGUCGGUGUUGGGCUCGGUGGUAGACUGCUGGGAAGUCGUCCGCGUGAAACUAAAUACAGACAUCAAUAUACUAUUUGCGGACUUGAAUAAUAAUCCAAUGUUCCUGAUGAUGCACUUCAUUGUGAUGAUGACGCGACUGCAGUUCACCUUGAGCUCCUUCAAAGUGUUCACAACGAUACGAUCAAUCAAUGAUGUGCUUGAACAAGUAGAAUUGACUUCUUCAAACCGGAAGUACAUGCUUGCUGUUCCAGGUUAUCGUAAACUUCGUCCGAUCGAAGACGUCAUACGGCAGAUGUCGUCGAUGUAUGUGAGCGCCUGCGACGUGGUCGAGCAGCUGGACUCCUGCUGCGGCCCCAAUCUGCUGUUGCUGCUGAUGAGCUGCUUCUUGCAGCUGGUCACGCAGUCCUAUUGGCUUUCUCAGAACUUGUUCAUUUCUAUGAGGUCCUUCCCCCGAAUGCUGUCCAACCUGAUUUGGUGCGUGUGCCAGAUCAUGUGGCUGGUGGAAAUCGUGGAGCCAUGUCAUCGAACUAAGCUAGAGACUGGGCGCACGAAAUUGCUUAUAAGCAAACUGUCCGGUGUCCUCAAUACCCGACCCAUCUUGGUCGAGUUGGAGAAACUCGCGCAGUAUCUCGAGAUGAACCAAGUCGGUUACGCACCGUUGGGUAUCUGUGUUUUGUCACGUUCCCUCAUUGCUGGGGUGAGUGAAAUCGAGAAGUAUAUAAACUUGAAAUGAAUAAAAUUAUAAGAGCCUUUACAUCAAGCGCUGCCCUCCAAGAGCACACGUCGUAUAUAUGUCACUGUACAAUUGCAAAUACCGGUAGAUUAUAAUCUAUUUUGCGAGAUUAUAAACUGUUGAAAGAUUGUGAAGCCUAACAGAAUGCUUACAAUUUAACCCAUCAUUUAACGGUAGAUUACUAUCUGUCGAAGUAAAGCUGUUAAAUCGCAAUCUAUCGCGCGUUAAAUUGUCAACUGUCCCUGAUUGGUCGGUCUAACCGCUAACGGGGUGGUUCGUACGUAGCUACGUUGCGGCUACGGCAUCAUACCUAGCUAGGUAUGAUG